CAUAUCUGUGGUCACAGAGUCAGUUUUUCUAAAGGCUUUAUUGUGGUAAGUACUUUGCACUUCCCGCUGAUUCAGAAAACAAAAAAAAUCACUUAGUGCUUCCUGAAGUUCAGUGAAUGUAUUUCAUCCUUAGAGAGAAAUAAGAUAGGCUGCUACAUGGACACAUUCGUGCUAGGAAGCAUUGCCUGUUAGGGACUGUUACCUGCGAUUAUGCUAGUAGGAGCACUUAGUUCUGAGGUUAUAGCACACUUUCUCUAUGACAUACCUGCUGUUUUCUGUAGCAGAUGUAGGGCAACAGUCUUUUGUUUCCCAGUGACUAAAUGUCAUGCUGUGUAUUUUCUCUGGAUAGAAGGACUAAUUAUUAAGAAAGAGACAUCAGUAGCUUCUAGGAAUGUAAUCUUCACUGUGCUGUUUCAGAUAUUAGCAUACGCUAGAAGAAUAUUUAAAAAGAGGGGGAAACCUUAUGUUGGAUUUGUUUUAUUUAAUGGCAAAGAAAUGACAUCCACUAGGAAAUGUGACAGAGGAAAGCUGUCAAGACAGGUAGGGGUAAAGGUAGGGGGAAUUUAACGAUCAAAGCUAUAGAGUAAGUCUAAAAAUACUGUCACAUGUCCUGGCCCGGGUACUUAGUUCCCAUUUCAGUUGUCGUUUUUUUCUUUUUUUUAAAUCAAGAAAUUACAAUUUUACAUUUCAGUUAAAUUGAGACAUAAGAGAGAGUUUUCAGAGUUCUGGAGUGAAAAAUACCUUAUUUCUAGAUACAUUACUGGUUUUGCUAUGUCUGAUUAGAGAUACCUUGGGCUACAGGCAGAAAUGACAGUUUUCAAGGGCAAGAAUGUCUUUUUCAGCAGUACCAAUUAACAAAAAAGAGAAAUUAAGAACUGUAUAGUACCCUUCUUUUAUGCUGUAGUUCUAAUAUGAAAGGGCAACAUAGUCUCCUACUUAGGCUACUGUUAAAGAAGUAUUGUGUUGCUGAAGACUCUUUGACAAAUGGGAUCCUGUCCUGCAGUCCUUACAUAUGAAAAACACUAUUUCUGGCUCAGAAUCUGGUUUCUUUGCAUUAAUAUCAAAGAUGGGCAGCUGUUUAACAUUAUUGUACUCAAUAAACAAGUGUCUGGUGUCAGAGUAUCACUAUAAACUAUUGGAAUACUGAUGAAGAGGUUUCUUUACCUGUGUAAAAAUAAAUAAAUAAAUAAAUGUAGUUGCUGCAAUGUAGGAGCCUUGUUCUCCAGUGUACCUUGCUAUAAGUGGUGCUUGAGGCACUAAGAACAAAGCUGAAAAAACCAAGCUCUGUAUUUCAAUUGUUCUAUGUAUUUUCAAGAAACUUUAAAUAGAAAACAAUACACAAGAUAACCAAAUAGUCAUAGGUUUCUGUAUGCAUAACCUUACAGUAGGUAGUUACUCCAACAUCUGCAUAUAUAUUUUUUAGCUAAUUAGAUACACAUUUUCAUUCUUUCAGAGAUUUGUUAUGGAUCAGAAAAAUCAAUCUUUAAAAAAAUUCAGUUGUAUUUCUGAUAUUUUUUUUAAUUGAUCAUUUAAAGAACUCCUUCAUGUAUGAGACUACAUGGAAGGAGUUGUGCAAUCAUGUGACUUAAUCAAGGUUGAUGUAGUUUUCAACACUGCCUGACAGUAUAGAAUACAAGCAUACCUGUUUGUAAAACAGUAAUAGUCUAUGGUUCUGUCUGAGAGACACUGUAGGCUGCAGUACUCACGUCAGAGCCUGGAGUAAGCUGCAGCUCCAAGGGGCUCUGCCAUUAAUCUUGAACAUUAAAGGGAAGUUUUAUUUUCAAGGACACUAUUGGAAGGAAAGGCCAUUGUACCACCCUUAGCUGUUAGAUAUCUGAUAGAUUUUUAAUUUAGGCACGGUAUGUUUAUAUAUGCACACUUGACUUUUUAAAAAAAUAAGAUUAAAAACACACAGAGAAAUAUUUACAUACCUCUACGGUGCUAAAUUUACGUUACACCUUAAAUCUGAAAGCAAGAAGUAUCUUUAAAAUACUUUAGCUUAGAAAUGUACAGAACCUACUCCAAGUGAAAGAAUAUACUGCAUAAGCCAAAUAAUGUAACAAUUUUAAAAUAAUUUUUAAAACUUUAAUUCAGGCAAAUAUCUUGCUAUGUGCAGUGGAAUAUUUCUUGAAUCAGGUCUGUAGAAUCAUGUCCAUAGAUGGUUGAUUGUGUCCUGGAGCACCAGCUGUUUGCUGAUCUUGUUCAAAUUUGAUCAUUCCUUUCUUAUUCUUCUCUGAAAGGUACUUCGACUUUAUCAGUAAGUAUAGUGUAAAUUUUCAGGAAUUCAUCAAGACAAUACAUUUUGUUGUACAGAACAGAAUGGCAAUGUAUUUUGCUUGCAGCGUGGCACGUUUCAUAGUCUGAUAGAAGUGAACUUACCUGAAAGAAAAGCAGAUUUUCCUGCAAAACAUGAACUAAAAUACAUUGGGAAAUAAGAUGAAAGUUUAUCAAUUAGUAGUGCUUGCAUGUUUAAUAUUUAGAAGUAUCUGGUGACAUAAAAUGUCUUCUAACCAAAAUCAGCUGCUGGGUGUUUUUGGUUUUUGGUUUUUUUUCUUUUCUUUUCCAGUAGUCUGUGCCCUUGAUUUCUUGGUAGGAAGUCUGAACAGCCAUGCUGCAAGCAACUCUAUGGUAGUGCCUCACAGUAUAGCAGGUGACUAGGUGACUGUAGUCUCUCCAUUUAAAUGACCUUGCCUAUGUGUUCUGUUUCAAAAACAGUCAGCUUGUCAGUUAAACCAAGCUGUGACUUUGCUUGUCUCAGACCUGCUGAACAUCUUAUUUUAAGGGAGAUUUAAAAAGACUUAUAGGGAUUCUUCACAAUAAUAUUAUAUGGAUGUGAGAUGAAUGGGCUUUGUUUUGGGUUUUUUUUCCCCUUUUUUUUUCUUUUGUUUAUAAGCAGUAGAGGAAUAGGAGCACCUUCAGUGUAUAAGGGGUGUGUGUGGGGGGCGUGUGUGUGUGUGUGUGUGUCCUCCGCCUUCUUUUCAGAACCGAAGAGAGCUCCACAUAUUGCGCGUUAUGCGGGGAGCCUUUGGCUGGGCUGGGCCUGGCUCAGAGCAACCUGUGCUGAGAGGGGAGGGCAGCGGCCAGCCUCCCCAGCUUCCCUCCCGCAGCACAGUCAGUUAUUCAUGGUGGACAAUGGAGCAGAUGACUGGAGAAUAGCCAUGACUUAUGAGCGUAUUUUCUUUAUCUGCUUGGAAAUACUUGUAUGUGCUAUACAUCCCAUACCUGGGAACUAUACAUUCACAUGGACAGCCCGGCUUGCCUUUUCUUACGCUCCAUCCACAACAACAGCUGAUGUGGAUAUCAUUUUAUCUAUACCAAUGUUCUUAAGGCUGUAUCUUAUCGCCAGAGUUAUGCUUUUGCAUAGCAAGCUUUUCACUGAUGCAUCAUCUAGAAGCAUUGGAGCGUUAAAUAAGAUAAACUUCAAUACUCGUUUUGUUAUGAAGACUUUAAUGACAAUAUGUCCAGGAACUGUACUGUUGGUUUUUAGUAUCUCAUUAUGGAUAAUUGCUGCGUGGACUGUCCGAGCUUGUGAAAGGUACCAUGAUCAACAGGAUGUUACAAGCAACUUCCUUGGAGCAAUGUGGUUGAUUUCAAUAACAUUUCUAUCUAUUGGAUAUGGUGACAUGGUACCUAAUACAUACUGUGGGAAAGGAGUCUGCUUACUCACUGGAAUCAUGGGUGCUGGGUGCACUGCACUAGUGGUAGCCGUGGUUGCAAGGAAGUUAGAACUUACCAAAGCUGAAAAACAUGUGCAUAAUUUCAUGAUGGACACCCAGCUAACUAAAAGAGUGAAAAAUGCAGCAGCCAAUGUACUCAGGGAAACAUGGUUAAUUUAUAAAAGUACAAAGCUGGUUAAAAAGAUAGACCAUGCGAAAGUAAGGAAGCAUCAACGAAAAUUCUUGCAAGCUAUUCAUCAAUUAAGAAGUGUAAAAAUGGAACAAAGGAAACUGAAUGAUCAAGCCAACACUUUGGUGGACCUGGCAAAGACUCAAAACAUGAUGUAUGAUAUGAUUUCUGACUUAAAUGAAAGAAUUGAAGAUUUUGAGAAGAGAAUUGUUACUCUGGAAACUAAACUGGAAAAUUUAAUUGGUAGCAUUCAAGCUCUCCCUGGACUGAUUAGCCAGACAAUCUGCCAACAACAGAGGGAACUCCUUGAGGCUCAGAUACAAAAUUAUAAACAUGUUGCCUACAGUGCUGAACGAUCAUGGUCUUUGUCAAGAAGAAGGAGAUCCUCCUCCACAGCACCACCAACUUCGUCAGAGAGUAGCUAGAAGAGAAUAAGUUAAUUACAAAAAAACAUACCACUUUUUGCCAUCAUAUGGUUAAUAUUUUAGCUUUUAUUGUAAAGCCUAUGGUUCUAACCAGUGUUAUCUGGAUUCUGGUGUUGGAAUCCUGGAAACCUGGACACAACAUUUAAGGCCAAAAUGAGUGAAAACUAUUGUUUCCCCCCCUCAGAUGCACAGUGAAUGCACUUAUUAUUGCUACAUUAGAUUGUUCCUCCUGUAAUUCCACUAACUCUUUAUUCAUGCACUUCAAACAAACUUUAUUACUACAGUAUAUAAUAGUAAUAAAAAGGUGAAUUUCUGCACAUAUUUGCUUGCUUACUUGGACUUUAACAGUUAAAAAAAAGCCCAUGAUCAAAAGACUUAGUUCUAAAACCUUAAGAAACAAAAUUCAAGUGUAAUUAUCCUCCCAGUAUGAAAGCUCAUUCUCUAAACUUUGCACUGGCUGGGGAAAAAAUAAAAAUCAAAACAAAAAUAAAAAAAUCAAUGCUCAUCUAACACUGUGCUGUGCAUGUAUAAUCAUUUUAAAAGGUCACUGACAGCUUCAAUUUCUGAAAUGAUUAAUUGAAAAUAUAAGUUACCCUAGAGAUCAGAAAGACAGUAAUGUAGAAAGUCAGAGCAGAGAUGUACUAGGCAAGACAGAAGAGCUGUUCUUCCAAACACAAAAAAUUCCACAAAUAAAAUACAUUACCUUUCAUAAUCUGAAAAUUGGCAAACAUUUUAGGCCUAUUUAUAAUAAAGGGUUUGCCUUUUUGGUAUAAAGUAUAUAACUGAUGAACAUAAGCUAACUGAUGAACAUAAGUUAUAUCCAUAGGCAUUGCUUGGUUAUAAAAAGCUUGAGAGUUUCUCCAAUACCUUUUCUGUCCUUGGGAAAGAUAAAGACUCCAGAGUAUUUCCCUCCCCUAAAUGAGCAACAUGGUCGCAUGCAUUGGGAGU